UGCGUGUGUGGAGCGAGGUCUGGGGGAAUGGAAGCCAUGUGGCGGCGAGCGCCGCGGCUCGGCACGCAGCGUGCACGGGAGCCUCGGGAGCGGGCUCUGUGCCUACCCUGUCAGUGCCGUGGUAGCGCUCCCACAAACGCUCCGACGCAGGGCGGCGUGCUGCUGGAGCUCUUGUUCGCUGGCGGGAAUCUGUUCUAAAAGCGCCUGGGCAAGCGGAGUUGUUGCACGUAACCGUUUCGGUGGCGUGUAUAGGUUUGAGGUCUGACCGACCGUACUGCUUGCCCUGCUGCUGCAUGCCUGCAUGUGUUUUCCACAGCGAAAAUCAGCCCGCAUCUCUCUGGAGCACGUCCAGGAUUGCCUACGUUUGUCUCAAACUCGGUGUAUUUUUUUCAUGGGGAAUCUUGUUUUCUGUAUUUUCUGUGGAAAUAAAAGCACCAUGUAAGCUCUGAGAAACACGGGGUCCACACAGAGUGGUGCACUGAGCUCACUGUCCUUGGAAGAGCAGUGUGAUGGAUGUCCUACGGCCCACCCUGGUCAGGAUCGGUGGGCGAGUGUACAGGAAGAACGUCAUUCACGAGCAGGUCCAACAGCAGGAGGAGGAGGACUUCUACACAGGGCCCAGUGACUGUGCGGAUGAACCAUGCGAUGCCUUUGUGGUGGAAGAGACUGAGAAAGGCUUCCAGUGCAGAGUGGAGGUUCCCAGCCCCUUAUACAAGUACAUAAUAGGGAAGAAAGGAGAAACCAAGAAGAGACUAGAAACAGAGACUCGAACCUCAAUCAGCAUUCCCAAGCCUGGAGUGGAAGGAGAAAUUGUGAUCACAGGGCAGCAGCGUGGCGCCGUCAUCUCGGCCCGGACACGCAUCGAUGUUCUUCUCGACAGCUUCCGUAAGAAGCAGCCCUUCACACACUUCCUGUCCUUCGCUCUCAACCAGCCCGUCAUCCAGGAGAAGUUCCUGCAGUUCAAAGAGGAGGUGCUGGAGAAAUGCUCACAGGAUCACGGGGUCAGCAGCAGCCUGUUCCAGAACCCUGCAAAGCUCCACCUGACGCUGGGGACGCUGGUGCUGCUGAACGAACAGGAGAUCCAGAGAGCGUGUGACCUCCUGCAGCAGUGCAAAGAAGACUUUGUAGACCAAAUUACGGGAGGCAAGCCUCUGAGCGUGGAGGUGACUGGGGUGGAGUACAUGAACGACGACCCUGCCAUGAUGGAUGUCCUUUAUGCCAAAGUUCACAUGAAGGAUGGCUCAGACAAGCUGCAGAUGAUAGCUGAUCAGCUGGUGGAGAGGUUCGUGGCCUCAGGUUUGAUGCUUAGGGAAUGGGAUAGGGUGAAACUGCACGCUACUGUCAUGAACACGCUAUUCAGGGAAGACCCAAGCGGUGCUGAAGAGCGAAGCAACACAGUGACUGGUAAAUCAUCCUUCAAGGAGAGGGAGUCGUUUAAUGGGCGAAACAUCCUCAAGCUCUUUGAGAACUUCUCCUUCGGCGAGGCGCAGCUGGACGCGGUGCUGCUCUCCCAGCGCUACUCCUCGGAUGCCUCUGGGUACUAUGGCACAGCAGGGCGGCUGCUACUGCACUGACCAGGGGACGGUUGCUGCACAAGUGAUGGAGAGUAGUGGCUGCGCGUGGCUCGGGGGCACCUUCUGCCUUGUAGCAUGGCUGUACUGCAGGGGGGAGCCCGGGGCUUGUGGGGGGGUGUGCGAUCCCUCUGCCGUAUUCGGCCACAGUGAGAGCUCAGCUCCAGCAGUGUGCCUGCCUGGUAUCGGCCUACAAAUAAAGGAGUUUUGUUUACGGGCAAGCAUUUGUCUCUUGUUUCAGUGAUGGCUCCUGUGCUUAAGCUCACGGCAUAGGCAGGACUGCUCCCCCAGGCAGCUCCACUGCCCAUCCGUGGCGCUGUGCACCUCCAGGGAUGGAGCACCCACAGCUCUGGGCAGCAGUGCCGGCACCUCGCCGCCCUCUGUGUGAAGAAUUUCCUCCUGUCACCUAAGCUAAAUCUCAGAUC